AUGCAUUUGAAAUCUGUUCUGUUAACAGUUUUGGUUAUUGGCCUUUUGGAAUCGAUAACGGCCAAUACAGCCAGGACUUGUUAUUCAUGCAAGGGCAUUAACUGUAUGCGUACCUCGGUGCAACCAACGAAACAAUGUUCGGAUCCCUUGGAUAUUUGUGUUACCGUCUUCGAUAAAUUCAAUGUCGUUCAAAAGGGUUGUUCCUAUGAAGUACCCGAACAUUUAAGGCGUCGCUGUGAUGACGAUACUGCCGAAUGCCACAAAUGUAACACGGAUCGUUGUAACAAUUUGGGUCAAGCCGAGUUCAAUUGUAUUCAGUGCAAUUCUAGCGAGGAUUCUAAAUGUUCUUCAGCUCCAGCUGAAUUGGAAGUAACACGUUGCGGAUCACCCACGGCACCCAACUCAUACUGCUAUGUCCAGUACGAUGGUAAUGUUGUCAAACGUGGUUGUUCCACUAGUGUGGUCGAACAGCAGUCUUGCUAUGCCAAUGCCAAUUGUAUGUUGUGCUUGGCUGGUGAUAUUGAUGGCUGCAAUGCUGCCGAUUUUACACCUGGAUCUAGAGCUUAUCGUUUGUAAA